GAGAAGUACAUUCUGGUGUCAGUUUCACAAGUGACUCGGCUGGGAAGAGACACUGCUGAUACAGGUAAGGGGGGUUGCUUGGAAUUUUUGCAUUCAUCAUGAGCAACAUUUUGAUCACCUUCCUCAUUCUCUGGUUACUGUAUAAAGAAAGUCUUUCAUUCAGGUUUAAAGUCUUCUCAACAGACUCCGUGUCUGUGACACUUGGUUCAGAUGUAAUGUUACCUUGUAUUCUGAGCCCUGAGAUGAGUGGAGAGAACAUGGAAAUUCGUUGGUUUAAAAUACAAUACCAGCCUUAUGUUCAUCUUUAUGAAAACAGAAAAGACGAUUACACAGCUCAGAAGCCGGAGUUUACUAACAGAACAGAACUGCUAAAAGAGAACAUCACUAGAGGAGUUUUCCCGUUGUUGAUCCGUAACGUCACAGCUCAGGAUUCUGGAGAAUAUCAUUGUUAUGUUGAGUCCAGUAACCAUCAUGGAAGAGCAAAAGUACAGCUAAAUGUUAAUGCUGUUGGAUCUCUGCCCGUCAUUUCCUUAAUUACUGAUCACACUAUGUCUUGCGAGUCCCAUGAUUGGCAUCCAAAACCUUAUCUGACAUGGACAGAUAACGAGAGAAACAAAAUAAUCCCGUCAAUGGUAAAAGUGUUCAAAGAUGAGAAUAGUUUCUAUCACAUCAUCAGUUUCAUCCAUCUAUCCAAUGCUUCAGAUAUCAUUUGCACCGUCUCAAUUGCUCUAAAUCACAGCAAAGAUUCCAGGCAGAUCAUAGAAAGAAGACUUCCAGUAACAGCCAGGAAUACUUACAGUCACUUUCUUGUCAUCUGUGCCAGCAUUAUAUUGAUUUUCUUUGUGUGUAUUUGCCUUCUAUUGAAGUGUCUUGGAGACCUUCAGAAUAAACAUGUUAAACUUCAGAGCAAAUAUGAAGAUGUUCUGGCGGCACAGGCCAAGCUAUCUAAUGGAAAACCCCACACUGAAGCGUCUUACAAUUCUCCAGUCUGACCUGCUAUUUGAUCUAGAGGAAGAUCAAACCAACCCCUCAUCUGAAGCCUCUUCUGUCCACUUUACCCCAGAAGGGAAAAAUUCCUUCCAAAAUUUCAAACAGGCCAGUCCCUCAAUCAACUUUGUACAAAAAGAGUUAAUUUCCAUUAUACUGUAUUCAGGGGCAGUUCUGCACUUCGGUGCCCCCGCUCCCUUACCAGUCUGCACUCCUACACAGGGCUGGAACUAGGGGUAACCAAAAGAGGCACCCCAACUUGGUCAGUUUUUAACCAUAACUGAGACUUUCCAUUCCCUUUACCAACUAGUUGCCAUACUUUCUGCUCUUACUACAAAGAAGUCACAGAUAGUUUGUCCAUGUAUUCAAAUAUGUAUGUAUAUAUAUAUAUAUAUAUAUAUAUAUAUAUGUGUGUGUAGGGGCCCC